UGACUAACAAUUGGUUUUUGUCUAUGUUUUCACUUCACCACCUCCCAUUCUUUCUGCUAAUUAUUUCUUCCAUUGUUGCUAUUAGGUGAUAAGAUUCUUCCUGUACAGUGUACAUAAUCAAUGACAGACAAUUCAAAUGGAAUUGUGAUUCUCAUCACUUUGUUAAAUAUCUUGGUUUAUAAGCUUCAGAAACUCCAAGAAGCACAGCAAACCAAACUCCAAGAAGCAAGCCAAACCAAACUCGAAGAAGUAGAGAAACCUGAAGUCCAAGAAGCUGAGAAUACCGAUCGGUUACCAUUGUCUGUACCAAAAUUAUGUCGACGUUUUUCACUUCUAGAAAUGCAGUCAGCAACAAACAACUUCCAGGAGGAACUGGUGAUUGGAAAAGGUGGUUUCGGGAACGUUUACAAAGGUAUCGUGGACUUUGGAGAGAGAGAAGUCGCUAUAAAGCGGUUAAAAUCCAAGUCUAGGCAAGGAAUCAAGGAAUUUCAUACAGAGAUUGAGAUGUUUUCCAGGAUUCAGCACAGCCAUUCAGUCUCUCUCAUUGGUUAUUGCGACGACUCUGAGGAGAUGAUUCUUGUUUAUGAUUAUAUGUCUUGUGGAAACCUUGCUGAUCAUCUGCAUAAAAGGGUCAGAAAAGGUGACACUUCUUUGCCUAGUUUAACAUGGUUGCAGCGACUCAAGAUUAGCAUUGGGGCAGCACAUGGAUUAGACUACCUUCACACUGGUACAGGCAUCGAAAACAGGGUUAUACACAGAGAUAUAAAGUCUUCAAACAUUCUGCUGGAUGAAAAUUUGGCUGCUAAAAUUUCUGACUUUGGAUUGUCCAAAAUAGGUCCAGCAAAUCAAACGUGUACAUACAUAAGUACCCGUGUCAAAGGCACGACUGGUUAUAUUGAUCCAUACUAUGUCUCAACUCACAGAUUAACCAGUAAAACUGAUGUCUAUGCCUUUGGUGUAGUCUUAGCUGAGAUCUUGUGUGGAAGACCAGCAGUUGAUACAAGUCUAGAUGAAGAGCAAAUAAAUUUAGCUGGAUGGGCGCAAGACUGCUAUAAAGAAGGACUCCUAGGUCAGAUAAUUGAUCUGAAUAUCAAGGGGGACAUUUCCAAUGAUUCCUUAAACGCGUAUGUGGGAGUUGCUAUCAAGUGUUUGCAUCCUCAACCCAAGCAUCGUCCUACUAUGGCUGAGGUUGUAGUUGGCCUUGAGUCUGCAUUGAAAUUGCAAAUUAAGAGUACACAUUAUUCUUUAGUCGAGAUAAUGCCUGUCGAUUAUACAGAAGAAGAUGCUAACGUCAACCAAGAGCAUGAAAAUACAGAAGAAAUUUUAAAUGUUUCUAGUGGUGAACGGUGCAAAAGGCAGUCUUCUGUUCGAAUAACAUUUACGAAAAGGAUCAGUGGUCUUUUUUCAGGUACAGCUCGGGGGUUCUCAGCUAAACCUGUAGGUGGACUUGCUACAGGACCCGGAGAGGCUAAAGCCCCCACAGAACUUCUCCCGGUCAAUAAAAAUGCAGAGAAAUCAAGAUACAGUCUUAGAAGAUCCAUGACAAAUAAUAUAAUAAAGAAGCUGAGACAUAUAAGCUUCUUACCGAUGAAACCAAAAGCUUGGGACGAGGAAAAAGUUCUGCAGUCAUCGAGGUUGCGGAGUUUCUCAUUUAAUGUGCUUAGUGUAGCUACCAGGCACUUCCAUUCUGACAGUAAAUUAGGGGAAGGUGGUUUUGGUUCUGUUUAUAAGGGCUGGGUUGAUACGAACACAUUUGCCGCGGCAGAAUGGGGUUCUGGCCUGCUCAUUGCAGUAAAGAGAUUACAUCGAGAAAGUACCCAGGGUGCCCAGGAGUGGUUGGCAGAAAUAAGAGUUCUGGAAUAUCUCUGUCACCCUAACCUUGUUAAUAUGAUUGGGUACUGCUUAGAAGAUAAGCAUCGACUUCUUGUAUACGAGUUUAUGCCUCAGGGCAGCUUGGAACAGCAUCUGUUCGGGAGAAAAGAAACCAAACGACUAUUGAAUUGGCCAAUACGCUACAAUAUCAUAAGUGGAAUAGCGAGAGGUAUUCUCUAUCUUCAUGAAGGCUCUAGACUGAGGGUCAUCCAUAGAGAUCUUAAAGCCAGCAAUGUUCUACUCGACUCUGAGAUGAAUCCAAAAAUUUCGGACUUUGGACUAGCUAGGAUUUUUCAGCAUGAAAGUGAAGUUAAUACAAACCUUGUCGUAGGCACAUUUGGCUACAUGGCUCCGGAGUAUGCAGUUCAUGGGAGAUUCUCAGCUAAAUCUGAUGUUUAUAGCUUCGGUGUAUUGGUGCUAGAGAUAAUAAGUGGAAUACAAAUGAGAGGGUUCAAUCAUUCAGAUCCCAGCGAAAACCUUAUUACUCGUGCAUGGAGACUCUAUCAAGAUGAAAAUUGUUUGGAACUGCUUGAUAAGGCAGCUAUGGGUUCAUAUAUUCAAUUUGAACUGUUUCGAGUCAUUCAGAUCGGGUUAUUGUGUGUGCAACCAUGUCCAGAAGACAGGCCAAGCAUGUCCAUGGUGGUUGAGAUGCUGAAUAGUGAUACUGAAGUGCCUCAGCCAAAAGAGCCUGACUUCAUCAACAUAAGGCAUCAAUCUGUAUCAGAGUAAAAACUCAGAAAUUUCUUGUUUAAGCAUGGAGUAUAUUUUGUACUGUUGUUGUGCACUUCUGGUUUCUCCCAACAAACUCUUUUCGUCUAACCUAUGUGUCGCAAAACAAUGCCAUAUUUUUGAGGUUUCAAAUUCAAAAAAAUUGUUAACGAUAUAUCUGGACCUGGAUGGUUGUAAGUAACAAACAACACGUAAGGCAGUCUCCAAUGAUCAAUACGUUGUUGCUGCAUGAACUGUGCACACUGUAUGACAAUUCUAGGCAAGUCACGGAGUGGUAAAUGAUGCAUCCCACAAAGAUCCGAUGAAGUUCCGGGUCAGGAAAAAAAAAUCACCAGUAGCAUGAUCGAGGUGAUGGUUCUGUUCAAGCGUGUUGAAAUAGAUGUUAUGUUUACACUACUAUUGUAUUACAAGCAGCUGCUGUACACUAGCAUAGCUUAGUCAUCUAAUAUAACUUCUCAUAGUCAUAGUUUGUUAGAGGUUGUACGCGUUGUAUGUAUUUUCUUGUCUGUCCUAGGUCCUAUAAAUUUUCAUCUUCUUCUCAUGUAACAACACAAUGUAAUAUAAGACAUCUGCACUACUGCCUCUACUAUCAAGUUAUUCA